CGAUUGACGUCAAAAUUUAGUCGCCUCCCUUCAUCCUUUUUCACUGAAGCCUACAUUGGCAAGAAGAAAGGCCAAACGGGCCCUUCCCUAAAAUCUAUCAUCAUCUGUUAGUAAAACAGCCAAAAUGUCUGGAGGUACUGAGCAACUGCGUCUUCAAGGAACCCUGAAAGGCCACAAUGGCUGGGUCACCCAGAUUGCGACAACUCCAUCGGUUCCUGAUAUGAUUUUGUCAUCGUCCCGAGACAAGACCGUGAUUGUUUGGGAUUUGACACGUAAUGACGUCAGCUAUGGUGUACCCAAGAAGAGUUUAAAAGGGCAUAAUCACUUUGUAUCUGAUGUUGUCACGUCUUCUGAUGGACAGUUUGCUUUGACUGGAUCAUGGGAUAAAACACUCCGAUUGUGGGAUAUUGGAACUGGCAAUACCACCCGUAUGUUCAGAGGUCAUACCAAGGAUGUCCUGAGUGUUGCCUUCUCUGCUGACAAUCGCCAGAUUGUAUCCGGUUCUAGGGAUCGCACCAUCAAGCUCUGGAAUACCCUUGGAGUGUGCAAGUACACCAUCCAGGAUGACUGCCACUCCAAUUGGAUAUCAUGUGUAAGGUUCUCACCGAAUGCUUCGAACCCUAUCAUUGUCUCCUCAGGCUGGGACAAGGUCGUCAAGGUCUGGAACCUGACUAACUGCCGUCUGAAGACCAAUCACCAUGGACAUACUUCCUUCCUGAACUGUGUGACAGUAUCCCCUGACGGUUCACUCUGUGCAUCCGGUGGCAAGGACGGUCUGUCUAUGCUGUGGGAUCUGAAUGAAGGCAAGCACUUGUACACCCUGGACUCCCAAGAAGGCAUCAAUGCCCUCUGCUUCAGCCCCAACAGGUACUGGCUCUGUGCUGCUGCUGGACCUACCAUCAAGAUCUGGGAUCUGGAGACCAAGUCUACCGUCGACGAGCUUCGACCUGAGGUCAUCGGAAACUCGAGUGCCAAGACGGAAUGUAUCAGCUUGGCCUGGUCAGCUGACGGUCAGACUCUCUUUGCCGGAUACACAGACAAUCUCAUUAGAGUCUGGCAGGUCUCUAUCGCAAGCUCAUAGAAGUCUAAACACCCACGUAAUUAACAUCCUCAGUAUGGCACACAGGCUUGCUGCCCACAAGGGAGCUACAAGUAAGAGCGAUUUUUUGCAGAAUGGCUCUUUUGUGGGCAGCGUUCUAUUUUAUCAUCUCCAUUCAUGGAAUGCUUCUCUGGACCCUGUCAUUUGCAGAGAUGCCAAGCAUUACUGAUUUUCAGUAUUAUGUACUGAAAAGUGAGAAGAAUACUAAUAAUUUCAUGUCAAAUACAGAUUUCCAAAGGUUCAGUUGUAUGUGUGGUCCUAUGGUAUUUUUUGAAAAUACUGAUUUCCUCACUGAAAUACUGAUUUUCGGCUUUAAAAAUACUGAAAUGUUCCUUUUCAUUUUGGCAGCUCUGCAUUUGAUAUGGAUUGAUGCAAUCAUGUAAGCCAGUGUGUCAUUGUAGAAAGGUGAAUUCCAGAUAUAUACCGAAUUAUGUUAUUCUAUCUCCAGAUUUAAACAAAACAUAUUCAUCCUGAUAAAAUAGCUCUCAAAUGAAAAUAAAAUUUCACUGGGGGUUGGUUUACAUAUUCCAGUUCAUAAGCCGUUGCAACAUCUGGCAAAAACUUCAACUAAUUCACAAGCUCUCAACUAAUCUUGCAAUUUUGAUAUCCAAAAUACAAAUUGAAGGCAGAAAUUCUGAACAUUUUGUGCAUUUGUUCGUAGGCAAAACAGUGUUAUCCAUCCAUCUUCCAGCUUAACACUGGCUAUGCCUACGGGGUUGGUUUUACUGACACAUGAUUUGGAAGCAAGUGAUGUAACGUUCAUUGUACAGUUUCAAAAAUUAUUGUGUCAAACUCAGUAAGAGAAAUAAACAAGGAAUGAUUCCUUGACAGUACGCUCAUAA